AUACAAUUAUACAGUAUUUUAUUGUUGUUUUAUGUGUGCAUGGUGCCAUGGUAUAUCUCAUUGUUUUUUUAUUAUUAUUUUUUUAAAUGUGCAUUGGCAUAGGUAUUGAAAGGGUAUGGCCAUAUGAGUAUAAAUAUUAGCAAAGCUUUGGUUUUCACCGAGCAUAUUUUUUUGAGGGAUUUUCCUUACAUUCCUCUUUUAAAAUGAACCUUCUCCUUAAAAAUAAAUAAAUAAAAAAUACUCGUAAUAAAUAUAAUAUUUGUAUAUCGGUAGUUAGUAAAUAAUGAGUUUCUUUUUUUAAAUUUAGGAAUCCAAUCCUUUAAGCUCUUCCCAUUUUAUUGUUUUUACAUUGCCUCAAUUACCUUUUUUUUAUAUAUUAUUUUAUUAUUUUUUUUCUACCUUCAUUAUUGUUAAUUGCAUUUUUUGUUGUUGAACUAUUUAUAAAAGUAUGCGGACAUAUAUACCCCUAAAAUAUUUGUUUACAUUUAUUUCCCUCAUUGGUGUAACCAACAUCUUAACUAGCUAUGGUGUGUGCACUGUGCAUGAUAGUCACUCAAUAAUGGAAAUAAUUUUGAAGGUUCAUUUAAGCUGUGAAUAGAGUUUACAUUAGAUUGGAAGAACAUUUAAGUAGGAGGGAGAACUGUGUAGUGUAUUAUGGAUCGUGUGGUGGGGCGAGGAGGGAUAAAAGUGAGAAUUUAUUUAAUUACUAUAAAAAAAUUCAAAAAUAUGAAAAUAAAAAUAGUGUACAUAAAUGGAAAGUAGGAAGACUUAAGUGUAUGAAAGUGUCAAAAGUGAAGAGUAAUAAACUAAUGUGAUCAUAUGUUCAAAAGUAGGAAAAAAAAAUGAAAUGUUUUAAUUUGGUGAAAAUAAGUCUAAUCAUUUUGUGAUAUGAAAAUAUUAAAUAAAAUUUUGCAAGAAAAAAUUAAUUACAUCAAAGUUUCAUGAAGCCUUAAAGAAUGCUACUCUGUAUAAUUUAUUUCAACUUUGACUCUAAUUCAAAAAAAAAAGAAAAUAUUUAUCUACAUGACAAUCCAUUAAUCCGUAUUAAAUAGCUCACAACCCAUUCUUCUGGAAAAAAAAUUGCACACCUUUCACCAUUAUUUUAUUUUUGUUUUUGAAUUAGACAACAAUUGCCUUGCAAAAAAAUAAAAAUAAAAUUGUCAUGCUUAUUUUGAAAUCAUUUAACAUCUAUAAAAUAACUCCCAUCCAAUGAAACCAAGUCACCAAUGCAAGUAUUAUUAUUAAAUUAUUAUUAGUGGUCAUUAAAAAUUCUUUAAUGAUUUAAAUAAAUAUAACAACCACCAAAUAUCUUCGAUCCCUUAUUUGCUACACCAUAUCCACGCACGAAUGUAGACGAAAAGGGUAGUUUAGGAAACAUAAAAUCAACAAAAAGAACAUAUACCAAGUCAGCUUUUAAAGGAGAAAAUAACAUUAACAAAUCAUAUUUUUGUUCAAAAAUAUGAUUUUUAAAGAAGAAAAAAAAAGACAAGAAAGAAACAGUCGUUGGCCUCAAAAAGCAACCUUGACCAUCAACUCCCAUAUUUAAUGGGCCCCUCUCCACAUCACCUACCCAACUCAUUUAACUGUCAACCGCAUUUCUUUUUAUUCUCUUCCCUCCCUUCUUUCUCUCUCCUCCCCUGUUUUUUCUAUCUUCCUCUGUUUUCCCCUGUUUUCUUUAUUUCAUUCAUUUUGAUUAAUUUUGAUCUUUGAAUUUUAAAAAAUAAAAAAUGUGGACUGGAGGGGCGGAUAAUCAAGGGCACUUCCUCGGCCGGAUAAGUAUUCGUCGUAAUCAAGUUGCUUCAAUGGAGGGAGAAGUUGAAGAUUUAGAGCUUUUCCAAAGAAAAAUUGCUGAUCGUUUUUUUGAUCUUUUACCCCUUAAUAAAAAAGACACCCACCAUUCAUCUUCAAUACCGACAUCGCUAUCGAUCUCAUCUUCCGCCAGUGAUUCUCCUCUAUCGGUUGAUUUCGACGGGGAUUUUAGCCCUUUUUCGUGUAGUGAUACUCUUCUUUCUAUUGCUUGGAUUAGGAAACUUCUUGACGCAUUUCUUUGUUGUGAGUCGGAGUUUAAGGCUGUAUUGUUGAUUGGAAGGGAACCGUCGCAGGUUGCGAAAUCGCCUCUCGAUCGAUUGAUUCCUGAUUUAUUGGAUAGAGCUGUUAAGGGUUUGGAUAUUUGUAAUGCGAUUAAUCAUGGUAUCGAUGCGAUUAAGUUUAUGCUAAGUCAAGCUCAGAUUGUUGUCUCUGCUUUGGAACAGAGGCCCUUUACCGAUGGACAGAUUCGAAGGGCAAGAAGAGCGCUCGCAGCACUACAAGGUUCAAUUGUGGUGGAUGAGAAGGAAAAUACAGGCAAGUCGACCGAGAGAUCAUGGUCAUUUGGGAAGCGCUCAAGUGGCGCGUCAUCGAAAGACCGGCAUCACGCGCCGAACUUCAAGUCUCUAUCUUGGAUGGUGGCCAAGAAUUGGUCAGCUGCCAAGCAAGUCCAAUCAAUCUCCUCCAAUCUCACCGCGCCACGCGGUGGGGAAUCGACAGGGUUGGCCCUCACCGUAUACAUCAUGAAUGUGGUCCUAGUGUUUGUAAUGUGGGCUCUAGUUGCAGCUAUUCCUUGUCAGGACCGGGCGGGGCUCGGGACCCACAUCCCGGUCCCUAAACAGUCUAACUGGGCCCAUGGCAUCUGUGGGCUCCAGGAAAAAAUAGCUGAGGAGUGGAAAAGGAAAGAAAAAAAAGGUUCACCCGGACUAAUGAAAGAAGUGGUUAAAAUUGAUAAAUUGGCUCAAUCUUUGGUGGACUAUGCUGAUAAUUUUCAGUACCCUAUGGAGGAGGAGAAGGAGGCCGAAUUCGCCACCCAAGUCGCCGAGCUAGCCGAGAUAUGCCGGAAAAUGGAGGAUGGUCUCGGUCCGUUACAACUACAAAUUAGGGAGUUGUUCCAUAGACUUGUUAAGACUCGUGCAAUAAUACUUGAUGUCCUUGAUCAAGCAGGCAAAUCAUCUACUCCUAAUGUAUAGGUUAGAAAUAAAACCUUUUUUUUUUUUUUUAAAUUUAAAAUUUUCGGGUUUAUUUUUUAA